AUGCUUUCACGCACACAGAUAAAAAGCGUAGAUUAAGUGCCAAGUGCUGCACUGCGUGUAUGGAAAAGUGCGGGAAAUCUUUGCAACGAGAUUGUUAAUAUUACCGCUAAGGCAAAAUAAUUAUAAGCCAGCAAAUGCUGAAAACAAAGUGCAAUGAAGAAAAUCAGCGGCAUAACAAUUGUAUAUAAGCAACAAAAUAUUGGUGGCAUGUUUUGUGAAUUUCGUAAAUCUCUCGUUUCGUUUUGGUGUUUUUCUUCUCUACUACAAAAAAGGGCGCGCGAGUGAGACGACAAUAGUGUUUAACAAAACACACAUCUAGCUAUCCCGCUUACUCGCACGCGACUUACACGUCGCAGACCCAAAGUCUGCUCGCUCUCAAAUGUUUGACAUUUUUCACAUUCAGCAUUUUCCCUUUGUUCGUCGGCGGGUCUCGUCAUAUGGCUCGUAUAGACGCUCGUGCGUGCGUAACAAAUAAAAUUGAAAAAAGAAAUGCAAAAUAUCGGUGUAUUAAAUUUCCAAAAAUAGUGCACAAAUGUAAAUAAACAACUGUUACAUGCACAAGUGAAUAAAUUCAUUGAGAAAUAUGCGUAAAAAGCGUUAUUUCGUGAUUCCUACGGUGACGACGACAUCAAAACCAACAACAACAACGAGCUGCUGCGUUCAUUGACGUGACGCGCGAGUGUGAGUGUGUGUGUAUGUGUGUGUACGUAAAUGAGUGUGUUUAUAUGUCUCGUGUGUUCAUGUGUUCCGUGUUGUUUUCAAACAAAUAAAAUACAUAGCAAAAGCAAAAGCAACCAGCAGCUACAACAAUAAUAAUAAUAAUAAUAAUCAAAACAGCACACAGCAAUUACAGUCGCUUAUGCCGCUGGCGUCCAACCGCUGCGCCAAGCUGCAUACAUAAAUACAUACAUAAAUAAAACAACGUUUCAUAUAUUUACAUCAGUUCAGCCCACGUUUCUUGUUGCGCGCAAAUGCUAUAUGAAAAGAAAGUAUGUUCAACAGUCGAUGCAAUAAAAUGUGAAUUUGUAUAUGUCUCUGUGUGCGUGCGAGUGUGUUUUCAGUGUAUAGAAUUAAAUAAGCUGUAUAAGUUAAUAAAGUCUAAAGCAAUAUCAACAACCGUGCAACAACAACAACAAGACAACCAACAUCAACACAAAUGAAUCAAUUAAAUUUUGUUCAUUUUUAAACCGCAAUUGUCUGUAUCCCGAAGCAUAAAACAAGGCGCAUAAAUUUUUGCCAAUGAGUCGCAGACAGUCAUUGGAUCGACCAGGAAUAUUGUCUCCUCCGGGUCCGUUUCUGACGCCCAGUCCAUCGCCAUCGAUCUCAGCUAGUCCACGCCUGCAACCAUCACCAUCGCUAUCGCCAUUCCCACAGGAUGUGGUGCUCGUAGCCGGUGGCAACGCAUUAAACGCCAACAGCAAUCCACAGGAACAACACGAGCGCAAGGCGGCGACGCCUGGCAGGCGACAAUCCAUACAUCAGUUCACAAAUGGCAGUCCCAACGCCGGCACCGUUGUCUUUCAGCCGAGUCCCUCCCAGUCGCCGGCCGCUGCCACGACCGUCAUUGGCGUGACAGCUGGCGGGCUCAUUGCCGCCGCCGCCGCCGCCGCCGCCGCUGCCGCAGCCGGUGGACACAAUAAUGCAAUCGGCACUGAGUUGAACGCCACGCUAGUCGGCUCCAACAAUAUCCAACUGAACAAGAAGGGCAACAAGCGGACGGGACAGCAGCAUCAGCAGCAGCACCAGCAGCAACAGCAGCAGCAGCAACUACAACAGCAGCAACUGCAGCAUCAGCAGCAACAGCAACUGCAGCAGCAAAUCUUUAGCACCAACGCAGCGGCGCCCACCUCGAUCUGCUCGACAGUAGCCGGCGGCUAUGGGCAACCGAAUGCAACGGCAAUACCCACGCCCAUUUCGUUUACGACAGCAAAUGUGGCUAGUAGCCCAAAAGGUCAAGCGAAAAAGGGCGCCAAUUCGGUGCUGAGCCAGCAGCAGCAGCAGCAGCAACAACAGCAUCAUCAACAACAGCAGCAGCAACAGCAGGCGCAGUUCCAGCAAUACCAGAGCAGUAGUCCGCUGAUAGCAGACAGUCCUAUACCCAGUCCCAGCAACGCCAUUGCUGCUGCGGCCAUAAAGCCGCCGACGCCACAGCCUCAGGCCGUACAGAUGCUGCCGCAACAGUUCACAAUCACCAGCGGGCCGCAGCAGCAGCAGCAGGCGCCGCAGCAAGUUUUCCAGUUCAUUCAGGGGCCGCAGGGUCAGAUCAUAGCCACCACCACACAGCAGGCGACGCUGCAGCAGCAGCAACAACUGCAACAACAUCAGCAGCAGCAACAGCAGCAGCAACAACAGCAGCAACAGCAACAACAACAGCAGCAACAGCAGCAGCAACAACAGCAGCAGCAACAGCAGCAACAACGCUUUACCAGCAAUACAGGCAUUGCGUUGUCUACUGUCAACACCAAGGCGAGCAAGACGCCCCAACAGAUUCUGCCCAAGCCGCAGCAGGAAUUGGUCUCCCAGUCGCUGCAGCAGCAGCUGCAGAAGAACAAAAGCAACUCACAAUUGCCGCAGAUCUCACAGUCGCCUCAGCCGCAACAGGCGCAGCUCAGCGCUGCCUCCAACAAUGCCAACAACCAGCACCAGCAGCAGCAACAGCAGCAGCAAAUCUUGCUGCCAGCAACAUCAGCUCAACCACAGCAACUAUUGCUGAAUCAGAUGCCCGUGUUGGUGCAGCAGAACCCGCAGGGUGUGCAGCUCAUAUUGCGUCCACCCACGCCGCAGCUGACGGCCACGCCCUCGCUCGUCAUACAGAACUCGCGCGGACAGCCGCAACUGCAGCAGCCGGCGCAGCAGCAACUGCUGCGCAUCGUGGGCACCAAUGGCGCCACCAUGCAGCUGGCGGCCGCCACACCGACCUUCAUAGUGUCGUCGCAGGGCAAUCUCAUCCAGCAGACGGCUGCCGCUGGCCAAUUCCAGAGUGCGAUCAAGACGGGCACCCAGCUGAGCGGCCUGCAUGCGGCGCUGGCAGCGCAAACGCCACGAUCUCAGCCGUUCACCACAACGGCCACCAUCAACACCCAGUUGCUGGGCCAGAGCGUUGCGGCUCAGCUGCAGAAUCUGCAGCUGGCUGCAGCGGCAGCUGCCAAUGGCAAUGGCAUUGCUCAGAUCCAGAUGCCCAAUGGGCUGGCGGCGAUAUCGCAGCUGCAGCAGACUCUCGGCGGUGCUACCAUCAAUCUGAAUCAGUUGAAUGGCGCCCAUCUGCAGCAGAUAGCCACGGCCUUCCAGACGCCGCAACCGCCGCAGCAGUCCACCACGACAGCUGCAUCCGGUGGCGGCAGCGGCAACAGUUCCACGGAGCUCUUUGCUCAAUCCUCUCCGGCGCAUGUACCCGUAGCCGUUACCCCGGAGCCCCUGCGCCAGCCCACGGCACAGCAGCAGGCGGCCAUGGCCACCAUACAGAUGCAGCAGCAGCAACAGCAGCAGCAGCAGGCGCAAAUACAGCAGCUGCAGCAGCAGCUGCAACAGACGCAGACACAGGUGCAGCAGGCGCAGCAGCAGCAGCAACAGCAGCAACAACAGCAGCAGCAGCAGCAACACACUGUGGAGCCCAAGAAGAAGCCUCGGCCGCGCAAAAAGAAACCACCGGCGGCUACGGCGGCAACAGCUCAGCAAAAGAUUGCCAUACCCGCCACGCCCACGCUGAGCACGACGCCAGCGCCAGCGCCGACGCUAACGCGAACGCCCACGCCGCAGGUGGCGCGAGUGAAGUCGCCGUCGCCGCCGCCCACGCACAUCCAGCGCUCGAGCAAUGGCAAACUCGAUCUCGGCGAUGUGAUGAAGUUCUGCGGCAUCACGGAGGAUGACGACGACGAUGAGGACUAUGCCAUGGAUGCAGUCACAAACUCCGCACCGGCUGCAGCAGCUGCAGCGGCRGCCAAUAGCAGUAGCAGCAGCAGCAACAGUGGCGGCAACAACAACAACAACAGCAGCAGCAGCAGCCACCACCAUCAGCACAUUGAGGAAUCACUGCCACCACCACCGCCGCCGGCGCCCUUAAGCAAUGGAGUAGUGGGCGCGGCAGUCAAUGCAACGGCGGCGCCCAGCUCCAACGAUAUCAUGAUCUCCAUACCGAGCCAAAACGGCAGCGAUGGGCUGCCCUUUACGCUGACCAUUCCGGCACCAACGCCGGUCAACGAAGCCACCGAAAUACCAAAUAUCCUCAUUAAGAUCGAUCCAAGCGAUGGCGCGGCUGCAGCGGCCGUUGCCAGUGGAGCCACCUUACCACCGUAUACGCUGUCCACACCGCGCCUGCCCACCGCCGAGGAGAUACAGCGGCAGGCGCAGCAGCAUCUCGCCCAGCAGGCAGCCGCUGCGGCUGCGGCAGCGGCAGCUGGUGGCAAAAUAUGCACCAGCAUGCAAACCACAACGCCGGCGCCCACAAUUAGCUUCAGUCUGGGAGGAGCACAGUCGCAGACCAUCGGCAAUGUGACGCUGCAGCAGGCGCCCAUUGCGGCGAGCAUAACGCUGACCACGCCCACGACAACAACAACAGCGGCGACAACGUCGUCGGCGACUGCAGCAGCAACGGCGGCGGUGAAGCCGCGCCGCAAACCCGCUGUGCGUCGCAACACCAAGAAGCAGGAGACGCUCAACGGCAACAUCAUUAACAACGGCAACAUCAUCAGCACCAGCAGCAGCAACAGCAGCAGCAUAAGCAACAUCAGCAGUAGCAUGAACAACAUUGGGCACAGCAUCAUUGGCAGCAGCAACACCACCACAACCACCAUUAGCAGCAGUGGGAAUAGCAGCGGUGUCAACACCGUCAACACCAUCACCCUGACAACGCCAGUGAGUAGCAGCAGUGCUUGCAGCUCCAGCAUAUUGCUGCCGCACGGCCUAGGCCUUGCCAGCAGCAACAGCGGCGGCAGCAGCAGCGCCACGCCCACAACUGUGCCCAGCCAGAUUGGCAACAUACAGAUCUCGCAGGUGCAGAACCACCAUCAGACCACAUUGCCCAUCGGCAGUGCCGUGGAGAAUAAGAUUCAAAUAAUGCCCAUUCUGCCGCCGGGAGCCACAGUGAUGGGUGGUGCAGUGGCAUCGGCAGCCGCAACGGCAACGACGACAACCACCGCUGCCACACCACAAGCACAGCUCGUCUUUCAGCCGACGGCAGCCACCACCACAGCAACCUCUGCCCCCGAGACGACCACAAUCAAGCUGUCCAGCGAUGGCCGUCAGAUGCAAUUGGUGACCAUACCACAGGCCACGCCACCGUCGACGGGAGCUUCCAUGCAGGCGGUGACCACGGCCGGUGGUGCUACCAUAUUGCCGCCACAAUUGACCGGCAUGCCGGGCAACGUGUCCAUAUCGGUGGGUUCGCCCGCCUCGGCAGCAGCGCUGGUGCCCCAGCUGACGGGCAGCCUAACGCUGGCCGUCUCGGAGCACUGCGAGCGACUGAUUUUGCGGCAUGAUCCCAACACGCCGCAGGAUCAUCAAUCGCAGCUCAUACUCCAGGCAUUGCUCAAGGGCGCUCUGCCCAAUGUGACCAUCAUCAAUGAGCCGACCCGCAUGGACACGAGCAAGCCACCAGCACCAACUCCGCCGCCGCCACAACCAGCACAACAGCAACAACAACAACAGCAGCAGCAGCAGCAGCAACAACAACAACAGCAACAGUUCCAAUUGCAGCAGCAGCAACAUGCGCAGGUAGCCACAACAACAAUCGCAGCCGCUGCGCAUCCCCCAAAGCCACUGGCAACAUCCAAGAGCGAUAUCAAAGCUGUCAACAAUCGAAAGUUAUCCACGCCCGCCGCACACGCCAGCAAUCUGCUGAGCAGCAACAAUAAUACCAGCAGCACCAACAGCAGCAGUAGCAGCAGCAGCAUUCCCACCAACACCACCAAUGCAAUUAAACCACCGAGCAUGCCAGCUAAGAUUAGCGAAACUUUAACCUUUCCACAAUUGCCGUCAACAGCGCAACUGCUGGUGCAGCAGCAACAGCCUCAGCAGCAGCAGCAGCAGCAGCAACAACAGCAACAGACGUCGCAGCAGCCAGCAACAGCCAGCAAUGCACAACGUUAUGUGGCACUGCCUCCCAUCGAUCCCAGCACGCAGCAGCUGUUUUGCCUGAACAGUGUCUCCAAUCAGAUUACGGCCAUCAGCGCUGGCCAAACGACAGCGUCGAUUGGGCCCACGGAGCGACUGCUGAUUGCUCCCGCGGGCAUCAAUGCUCAGCAGCUGGCGCAGUGCCUGCAGCUGGGUCAGCUGCACUUCAACGAUGUGAAUCCUCUGCCACCCACACAGUUGGCGCAGCAAGCGGCAGCAGCAACAGCCACAUCAACGGCAACAGCAACGGCAACGGCAACAUUGCCCAUUCAAUUGCGCCCACAGCCGCCACAGCAGCAGAUCGUUCAUCCCAUACAGCCCAUCAGCAACGGGCAUGGCCUUAGCCUGGGCUUGCCGAUUAGCACGACAACAACCACGACGUUGACCACCAGCAACAGCACCACCACGAGCACCACUACGGUCACCAAGCAGGUGGCCAAUGUGGCGCCCAUCAUAGACCAGAGCAAAGCUAAGCUGGAGCCGGCAAAGGCCGCCGGAGCAGGCAGUACGCCAGCAACAGCGCCCAGCACGGGUGCCGUUGCCAAAAAGAAGCCGGUGCGUAAGCCCAAGACAACGUCCACGGCCGCCGAGAUGAACAGCCUAAAGAAUGCCAGCGUUGUCAAGCCAAUGCCCAAACUGGAUCCGUUGUCCCAGAAGCCCAACAACAAUCCGGUGCAAAUUGUGCAGCCGAAUGUUGCGAGCGGCAAACAGAUGAUUGUCAUUGUCAGCUGCAGCGGCGGGCAGACAACCACAACAACAACCACCACAAUGAGCAAUAGCAUUCAGCCCUUUCAGACAACAAGCGGUACCAAAUUGGUGGGCGUCACGGCGCCCAUGCAGCAACAGCAACAGCAACAGCAACAACAGCAGCAGCAACAGCUACAGCAGCAAUCUCUAGGCACAGCAGUAACUGUGCAGCAGCAGCAACAGCAACAGCAACGUGGCAGCUUUAGCUUAACAGCAACAACAUCGACGCCCAGUGCGGUGGUCAGCAGUGGUGGUAACAGUGGAGCUGUCACUCAAUUGCAGUUGCCAGUGCAAAUACAGCAGCAACAGCCAAAGCAGCAGCAGCAACAACAACAGCAGCAACAACAGCAAGCCCAGCAACAGCCGCAACAAAACACAAUUUCGCGAGUGCAAACGAUUCAGUUGACACCUCAAAUGCAGCAGGUAUUUCGCACGGUGCAAACCCAAAUUCAGUUCCUGACCAUCAAGCUGCAGAACAAGUCGUUUGUGCCCACGUUGCCCAUCUCGCCAGAAGUGGAUCCAGCAGCCAUCGCCAUGUACAACAAGCCCAUGUCAGAUGCGGAGAUCAAUGUGGCGCUGCAGCGUUUGUUUGCGGAACAGCAUCGCAUCUUGGCCUCGGGCAAGGAGGUGCCGACGCCGGAGGGCAUGAUUCCCACGCCCAAUGCGAACGGUAGCUUCAGUCUAAUGCCUCAGCAAUUUCAGCAGGUGCAACAACAGCAACAACAACAACAGCAGCAGCAACAGCAGCAGCAGCAGUCUGCAGAUACUCUGAAAGCAACAAAUAGUGGUGUUAUUUUAGCAAAUGUGGUGCAGCCCAACAAUCAUUCUACCACCAGCACAACAGCAACGUCAGUACCCAACAAUGCGCAGCAGCAACAGCAGCAGCAACAACAACAACAGCAGCAGCAUCAGCAAUUGAAUGUUGCUCAACGUAUUCACAUAUAUCCCAUGCAACAUCAGCAGCAACAGCAAUUGGCCAACAAGCAGAAGCUUGCACAGCAGAAGCAGCAACAACAACAGCAGCAGCAGCAGCAAGCGGCGUCCAUUUGCAACCUGCCACAACAACAGGCGUCACAGGCCAAGGUCAAGGAAGCAGCCUGUCGCAGCAAAGCUAAUGCAGCCAAUCAACAGCAGCAGCAGCAGCAACAACAGCAGCAACAACAGCAGCAACAACAACAACAGCAACAACAACAACAGCAGCAACAAAUGCCACAAUCGACUGCAACAGUCAAUAUGUUGCAACAGAAAGCAAAUAUUCUCUCUGCACCACUGCAGCAGCAACAACAGCAGCAACAGCCUGCUGCCUGCCUCAAAAAUGGACCACCGCCGCUCAUCUUUGCCAGCGCCACGAAUCUUUUAUCCAAUAGCAAUAACAGCAAUAGCAAUAGCAAUAGCAAUAGUAACAGCAAUAGCAACGGCAACAGCAAUAACAGCAGCAGCAAUACCAAUAACAACAGCAACAACAGCAGCAACAGCAACACCAGUGCCAUGUUGUCAAUGCCACCAUUGCAGCCGCAACAACUGCAGCCACUACAAUCACAACAAACACAGCAGCAGAUCCAACAACAACCCCAGCCGCAGUUACAUAGUCAACAACACCAACAACAACAGCAGCAGCAGCAGCAGCAACAGCACUUGCAACAGCAACAACAACAACAGCUACUUCCGCUUCCACAACCGUCGCUAAUAGCGACACCAGCAUUGGGUAAUCUAAUUACCCCAACGCUGCCCACAGUGCCUGUAUUUUUGCCGGGUCUGUCUCUGCCCAAGACGGAGGAGCUGCUGCCAACACCUAAACCAAAAAUUGCACGCCUCUCCUUGUUCGUGCGCCAAUUGGAGGUGGAUCAGGAGAGUUGCCUGAAGCCGGACUAUGUGAAGCCGUUUCGCACCAAGGACGAAGCGGUCAAGCGGCUAAUCAGAUAUCAUUGCAUGCAUGAGAAUGAUGUGGAGUUAAACUCCGAUGAGGAUGAAGAAUUCGAAGCAGCUGCGUUGGGCUUUCGUGAUAAGUUCCGUCAGUUGAAUGGAAAAUUCCAGGAGAUUCUAUUGCAGGAGUCAACCUUACCUCAUCGCACCUCGGAACUUCUGCAAGUGCAGCAGCUAAUGAUAGACGAUUUGAAGGGCGAGAUCAGUGAUAUACGCACUGCUGAGAAGGAACUGCUGGAGAAACAGCAACUACAACAGCAACUCAAAGAGGAGCAGAGCUCUGAGGCCACGGCUGACAGUGAGUCGCAAGUGGACACCAAAGUGAAGGAGGAAAUCAAAUUAGAGCCAACGGAUAAGGUCUCCGAAUCAGCAGCACAGACAGCAGAAGGGGUUGUGGACAAGUUCGAUCUGCUCAAGAAUAGUGCGGAUGUGAACAAGGUAUACAAGCCGCCGCAACAGACACAGCAGCAACAGGUCAAGCGAGAAGAGAAUGGCGAGUGGCUCUGUCAGUCCGAGGCUAGCGGCCUGACCAACGGAUCGUUGGAGGAGACAGUUAAAAAGGAGCAGCACAAUAGUUCCAAGGAUAACGCUCAGCGUAUCAAAAAGGACUACGAUAACUUUGAUAUCGAAUCUGAGCUGACGCCCAGUUUUAUCAUGAAGAAAGUGGAGCAAAAAUUGCAGUCGGAUACUGCAAAGAAUGUUGAGAACUGUUAUGAGUUGCAGGAGGAGAGACAACAACAGCAACAACAAGAGCAGCAGCAACAACAACAGCAGCAGCAUCAACAACAGCAGCAGCAGCAACAGCACCAACAACAGCAGUUACAGCAGCAACAUGUUAAGAAUAACAAUCUAGCCCAAGAGGAUCACGAGGACGGUUGGUACUGCCUGCAAAAAGAGCUUAACCUGAUGAGCAAUGAGCCGCUGCAGCCACAGCAUACACAACAUGCCCCACUGCAACAUGCUACUCAUCAGCAACACUUGUCGCAGCAACAUCUCUAUGAUAACAAUGCCAGCAACAUGCUCAAUAAUGGAAAUCAUCUGUCCGAUCUGUUUCCGAACGGCUGCAUUGACAAGAGCAAUCAGAGUAACAGCAAUACCAGCAGCAAUAGCAGUAGCAGCAGUUGUGCCGGUGAUGUUGGCGGCAACAGCAGCAAUGCUGGCAACAACAACAACAGCGUGCCCAUCGGCAGCUCUUGCAGCCAACAGCGCCAACAACCGCUGGCCAUGCAAGCGGAUCAACCCAAUCAUCAUCCGGCCAUUAGCGAGUUCUUCAACAGCGACUCGGAUGUGCAAAAGUCUGUGGAGACGCGCUUGGAGGCCAUGUUCGGCGAGUCGCCAGUGCAUUUGGAUGUGAAGAACAGCAGCGAUGCACACGACAUUGAAUCCAAUUUGGAUGAGAUAUUUGGUGAUUCGAAAUCGCCAGCAGCGAACCACAAGAACAAAAUGAGCAUUUGGGGGCCCGACGAGAGUUUCAACGCUGGCUACAGCAGUGAUCAGCAGCAACAGCAGCAGGCAUACGGUCACCAGCAGCAGCAGCAGCCACAACAGCAAGCACAACAACAGCAGCACCAUAUCGAGCUCAACUGCAACAACAAUCCGCGCUGGAUGCAGAGCAUGGAAGCCCACUACACCGACUAUAUGUCGAGCAGCACCAGCACAGUCGAUGGCCAGACGCACAAUAUGCUGGUGAAUGGUGAAUCACGCAAACGCCAUUGGAACGGCCAGCUGAUGGGCUCCAGCAGUGACUUGGAGGAUGAGAAUAGCAGCAAGCGAUUGUGCACAGCAUCAUCGACGUCCUCGUCGCCCAUGUCCUCGCAGCAGCAUGUGCAGGUGCCACAGCAUGGCAUGCUGGAUGCGGACAUGUUGGCUUUGCAUGAUGGCAUGGGUGUAGAUAGCGUGACCACUAAUGGUCCCGCUGCCUUUUCACAACUGCUGAUGGAGCAGCAGCAGCAGCAGCAGCAGCAACAACAGCAGCAGCAACACAGCUUUGCCAAUCAUCAGGCUUUCGCGAGCAUGUUGGAUCCGCAACAGCAGCAGCAGCAACAACAGCAACAGCAACAACAGCAGCAGCACCCGCACUACCAGCACAAUAUGCAGCAGCAGCUACAGCAGCCUCAGCAGACGCAAAUGCACGUGAACCACAUGGGCGGUGCGUCAGUGGUGACAGGCGAAUAUGAUGAUGACAUCAGCCGGCAUGUGGCCAGUGCGAUUGAUAGCAUACUGAAUCUGCAGAACAGCGGCGAUUCGCUGCAGUUCUCGUUGGGCUCCUUCUUGGGCGACAGUAUACUAGACGAUCAACGGCAAGCGGCAAACUUGCCCAGCUGCCAACAGGAGCAGGUGAACAACCGGCGCCGCCAGCUGGGCGAGGACAUGGGUGAUUGUCUAAUCAGCGGCGGUGCUGGACCAACUGUGAAUGCUGUUCCUGAUGCUAGCGGCAAUCUGUUGCUAGAUCAUCAUCAUCAUCACCAUCAYCAACAACAACAGCAGCAGCAACAACAGCAGCAGCUACUGCAGAAUCAUCUGGGUCAGCAGCCGCAUCUGCAGCAUCAUGCGCAACACCACCAUGGCAUAUCGCAGCCGCAGUCACAGCAUCAUUCGCAACUGAAUGACUUUAGCUGUGUGGCCGCUGGCCUGGAUGAGGCCGUCAAGUCGAUUAUGACCUCUUGACUUGGGCUGCAAGCAGUCACAACAACUGGAUCUGAUGUGUCGCAAAUCACAGCAGCUGAGCUGCAGUCGGCGGCAACGGCAACACUAGCAAACAGUCUUAUAUUGGAAUUUAACGCCACCACCUUGUAAAGCUGCCCAAGGCAA